AUGAAAUUAAUGUUGCAUUCAUCUCAUUUCUUCAUCCUCUUCAUCUUUCUCUUUCUCUUCAAUAUAUUUGAACCUUGCUUUGCUCAUUAUAGAGAUCAUAAAGAUCUCAUUGAUGCACCUCUCCUCACCUCAAAGUUAUCAACCAAUCGAACAAUCAUCGUUAGCCAACAAGGUAAAGAUCACUUCACUUCGAUUCAAGACGCAAUCAAUUCCGUCUCCGAUGAUAACUCCAAGUGGAUCAUCAUCCAUCUCCGUCCCGGUGUUUAUCGGGAAAAAGUUAUUGUGCCGAAGAACAAGCAAUACAUCUUCUUGAGAGGAAAUGGCAAAGGGAGAACAUCAAUUAUAUGGAAUGCAAGCUCAACAAACAACACAUUAUCAGCCACCUUCACCAACUAUGCCGAUAAUUUCAUCGCAUUCGGCAUUAGCUUCAAGAACGAUGCUUCGAUCGGGAAAUCGCCGUUUCGACAAGCAGUAGCGGCAAUGGUGGCCGGAGACAAAGUUGCCUUUUAUCAUUGUGCAUUUUACAGCAAACACAACACCCUCUUUGAUUAUAAGGGCAGACAUUAUUAUGAGAUCAAUUACAUUCAAGGCAACAUUGACUUCAUCUUUGGCCGUGGACAGUCCAUAUUUCAGAACUGUGAGAUCUUUGUGUUAGAAGAUGACAGGGCUAAGAUACAUGGCUCUAUUACUGCACAUCAUAGAAAAUCUCCAGACGAUGAAAGUGCCUUUAUCUUCUUGAAAGGAAGAGUUUAUGGGGUUGGUGAAGUGUAUUUAGGGAGACCAAGGAGCCCUUAUUCUAGGGUCAUCUUCUCUAGGACUUAUCUUUCUAAGACUAUCACCUCUCAAGGCUGGACAAACUGGAGCUAUGAUGGACCCUUGAAGAAUAUUAUAUAUGGAGAACAUAAAUGCAGUGGACCUGGUGCAAACCAUUAUGGACGUGUUCCAUGGUCAUUGCAGCUCAGUGAUGAAGAAGCAGCACCAUUUUUGACUGUAGAUUAUAUCAGUGGCAAACAAUGGCUUCCUGCUUAUUAUUAUUAG